AAUGGAGGUAGAGGGUUUAAAAUCCACUUGAGCAAAUCCCCCGUAGCGCACAGAGAUAUGAGCCCAGGUAGGGGUUUCGCACAGCUGCUGUCGUUGCAUUGUGGGAUUGGCUGACAGUAGCGCGUGGAGGUGGGGUGCAGUUCAAUUGUACGUUCAGGCCUGCAGGAAACGGCAGGAGAUCCUCCGCAGAGGCGCGCCUUCAGCCCGCAGAUAUUCACGUUAACGGAGCCGGUCAGCGGGAGGACUGUCCACCAUGUCAUCAUUCUUUGGGGUCGUCGCCAAGCAGGUUAAGAGCCACCCAGCUCUGAUCCCCCUGUUCAUCUUCAUAAGUGGAGGGGCAACCAUGAGUGUGUUGGCCCUGACCAGGGCGGCUCUGAAAAACCCAGACGUGUCAUGGGAUCACAAGAACAACCCUGAACCUUGGAACAAAAUGGAGCCCAAUCAGCAGUACAAACUUCUUGCAGUAAACAUGGACUACUCCAAACUGAAGAAGGACAGGCCAGACUUCUAAGCCAUCCGUGCGAGGAGCCUUUGCACUUUUUUUUUUUUUUUAAAUAUAAACAAGCCUAAGACAGCAAAUGAAGGUUUAUUUCCAGUGUGCUGGGGAAAGGGAGCAUUCACCUAUAAAUGACUAUGAAUGAAACAGACAACCACCUGUUUUACUGAUUGUUGAAUAUCAGUUUGCUCUGCCAUAAAUUAUUAAAGACUAUUUAAAUCUUUAA